AUGCAGCCCCCAGCGCCUGGGCCUCCUCUUCCUCGCCCUCCGGGACCGCCCGGUCCGGCUGCCCCACCGGGCCCUCCUGGCCCUCUUCGCCCGCCUGGACCUCCGGCACCGGGUGCAACGCCAGGUGCACCGGCUGCUCCCGGAAUCCCUUCUUUGCAGCGUGGCCUUUCCUCGGUGAGCCCGGAGGACUUGCGUGCAGAAGGCGAGCUCCUGCAUCAAAGGAUCAAUGAAGUCCUGGCUGCGCGAAGUCGCGGAGGGAGGUCAGACCUAGAAGAAAGGGUGCGAAAUGAGCAGCUGGAGAAGAAGGACGAGCAAAUCAGCAACUUGCAGCGGCAGCUGCAUGUGGAAACAGACAGGCUGGAGCACGGCACACUUGAAUGUCGAGGCCAGAUUCAGGAGUAUGAGUCCCAGCGUGCUGCGCUGAAGCUCCAGAUCCAGCAGGCUAAGGCUCAGAUUGAGACAUCUGAUGCAGGCAAAUUGCAGGAGGAAGUUCUCCGCGCAGAGGAGCGAUCGCGGCAGCUGGAAGGCCAGCUCCGGCGACUGGAGGCCAACUCGUUCCUGUCCAAGGUGGAUGAUCGCCGGGAGGCCAACGCUCGCAUCUCUGCCUUGGAGGAAAUGCUAAGGGUCAAGGUGGGCGAACAUCAGACCUGUGUGGAUGAGAACUUGGCCUUGGAGCAAGGCCGCGUAGCCGGCAUCCAAGCAAAGCAGAGGCUUCAAGCCAGGUGUUUGGACCUGAGGCAGCGCAAUGAGCAGCUGCAGGUGGAGAUUGAAUCGCAGACCGCAGAGAUGCAGAAGGUCGAGCGGGAGAUGCGGCUGAUGCGCGAGCGCCUGCCGCCUGGGAAUCAGGAAGCGCUGGAGGCGGCACUGUCGCAGAUUGUCGGCGGAGGCGCCGCCUUUGCCAGGCUCGAACGGCCAGACCCGGCAGUGCCCUCCAAAAUUGACCUCCUGGGCGCUGACUCUAUGGAACGCAUCGUGGAGCGAUUGGGCCAGGAGCGGGAUGACUUGCGGAGGCAGAUCAGCAUCUUGCGGGUGGAGCUGGAUCGUGAGACUGCCGUUUCACAGAACUUCAAGGCUUUGCAAGCGCAGGAGUUGGAGGAUGCCCGCAUCAAGUCGCAGAGCUUCCUACGCGAUCGUGAGAAAUGGGCUAGGAUCGCGGCGGCUCACCUGCAAAGCAUUCAGGACUUACAGCGCCGCAUCGCUGGCUUCGAGUCGGACACAUUCCUGGGGCAGCCUGAUGACGCUCUCAGCGUUUCUGGGUUCUCAGAUGUUUCUGACUUAGAGGAUUGCGAGAAUGCCUUGGACGUGUUCGUGGGCAUCGGUUCCAUGGACUUCUCUGCAGCUCAGCGGCUCCAGGAAUCUCUUCAAGCCCAGGCCCAGGGAGCCCAGGGAGCCCAGGUCGCAGAGGCUACUGGGUCCCUAGCCAUGGCUUGCGCACCCGAGGAGCUGCGGACUUUGGUCAGUGUGGAAUUCCUGGGUUUCGAUGUGGGCUUCUCCGCGGUUGCUGCAGGUCUGCAGCCCAUCUAUGAUUCCCUGGUCACCUUUGGCCCCUUCACAGUGACUGAUGAUGUGUUAGACCAUCUUUCAACGGCAAAGCUGGGGGUGGAGAUACAUGGAUCCAUGCCUGGCACAAGCCAACAGCUGCUGCUUGGCCGUGGCGAGCUACCCAUGGCUGGGCUUCUCCAGUAUGGAACGCAGACAACACGAAACCCCGUCGCGGGGGGAGUUGUCGCUGUGAAAGAUGCAGCUGAUCCUGAUAUCCUUGUCGCCCAGUUGCGUGUGAAGAUGCGCAUGCGCUACUCGAUGGAGGAACUUGCUGAAGACUUCAAGACUAGGGCAAAGGUUCGCCAAAUGGACCGGGGCAGAGGAAAAAACUUGCGGCAUGCAACUGGACUUGCGUACCUGAAGGAAAUGGAUUUUGGCUUAGAGCGGGCUUCGUUGCCAUGGAUUAUCCACACCAGCGGGGAGCUCCAGCGGGUGUUGCAGGAGCUUGGGUGGAGGGACUCCCGAUCAAAUGAUGUGCGAACAGGAGCCGCGCUCAUCGCUUUCACCCACACGAAGCCCAGAGUUCGGGGUAGCGCUCACUCUGGCGAGCUGAAGCCUGAAGGCAGCCGCCGCAACUUCAUGAAAUGUGAUUGCAGCGCAAAAAAGGCCACAAAGAUAAUCCAGGAUGCCGGCCGUGCCAGAUGGACUGCAGUUCAAGAGGUCUUCUGCGACAUGCAGAUGCUGCAGAUCAAGCCCAAUGUCAUCCACUACAGCGCUGCCAUCACGGCGCUGUCUACACGAUGGCCCCUUGCAUUGGCUUUCCUGGAAUUGGCGGCGCAGGAGGCAGACGUUGUGAGCUUCAAUUCCAUGCUCCGCGUCUAUGCCAAGAGCAUGUUGUGGCAGGCGGCGAUGCGCAUGGUAUGCAACAUGCAGGCCGCGCACAAGGACGUUGAUGUUGUAAGCUACACCACCGCCAUGAGUGCAGCUGAGAAAGCCAGCUGCUGGGCAGCUGCGCUUACCGUCCUGGAACACAUGUUUACAUGUGUGACCCUGCCCAAUGUUGUCACCUACAGCACACUCCUGGGUGCCUGUGGCAAAGCCGGAGAGUGGGCUAUGGCCUUAGCUUGCUUGGAUGGCAUGGUACUGCAGACCCUGCAGCCCAAUUUGAUCAUCCAGAACUCAGCGAUCACAUCGUGUGACAGAGGCUUGAAGUGGCAGGCAGCUUUAUCGGCAGCAUCUAUGCUGGGCUGCAAGUCCUUCAAUGCAGAUGAGGUCACAUGCCGAGCUGCGAUGAGUGCUUGCCAGAAGGUUGGCCGCUGGCGGCGUGUGCUCUCGCUGCAGCAGCGAGCAACCUUUGAAGGGAAGGCGCUUGGGGAGAUAGGCAGCCGCUCGGCUGUCGAUGCCUGCAGCGAGUGGCCCCUUGCUUUGGCGCUUUCAAGCACCGGGCGCCAUGCAAGGCUCCACGAGCUGAAUGCUUCACCCGACUCCGGCGAACAAAGUUCCAUCGCCCUGAGCGCGCUGAUGUCGGAUGCCUUGCCGUGGCAGGCCGCCCUGUUCCUGCUGGCCGAGCUGCGCAGCAAUGUUUCGCAACCGAACAAGGUUUGCAUCAACUCGGCCGUUGGCAUUUUUGCGCGACAUCAGUGGGCCCUGGCCCUGCAAGUGACCAGAGAGGAGGAAUUUCAGAUUUUCAACUGGAACGCGGCCAUUGCAGCAUCCCAGCGAGCCACGCAUUGGCAAAGAGGAUGUUGGAUGCUUGGUUUGCCAGGGAUUGACGUGGUUGGCUUCAACUCGGCUUUGCAAGAUGUGAGCAAGUGGAAACAUGCCUGGUGGAUCUUCGGCGAGCUGUGCACGCGUGGCCUCCAGAAGACUGUCAUUAGCACCCUGGCGGCCUAA